UCUAGAAGGACGAGAGCGUCAAACACAUCUUCUGGAUUCCAUGCGUCGCUCAUAUGAUGGACCUCAUUCUCGAGGACAUUGGCGGGAUUGAUUGGGUGGCCACCCGCAUCGCGCAGGCGAGGUUGGAGACGAGGUUCUUCAAGCGCCAUGGCCACGCACGGGAGGUUUUGGAGUUCUUCUCGACGAAGACCCUACUACUGCCGGUGGAGACUCGAUUCGGCACUAACGUCAUCAUGACGACGAGGCUUGUGGACUUGCGGGGAAAGCUCAUGCAGCUUGUCGGCAACGACCGGUGGCGUGAGACUGUCUGGUCUACAAGCACGAUCCGCAAGGACGCCACAGAGGUCACUGCGUGUAUCGGGUCUCCUCCAUGGUGGGAGGAUUUGAGAGCUUUGUGCAAGAUGUUGGAGCCUAUCAUGGAUAUGUUGAAGCUAGUCGAUAGCGACACACGCCUAAUAAGCAAGAUUUUGCGUCGUUACGAGGUUAUGAUCGCAUCUUGCUUGUCUGCGUGCCGCGACCUCGAUCGGGAGCAACAGGACGCUAUUUUGGAGGUGUUCGACAAGCGGCGCACCAUGUUCCGGACACCCGCCCACACAGCGGCCAUGUUGCUGGAUCUCGAGUUCCGAGACCCGACGCUGAACGACGACCAGGAGGUGCAGCAGGGAUUGAUCGAAACUUUGGUCCAGUUCGGCUAUGCAGAGGGAUCGGUGCAGCACGAGGAGGAGACGGCUCCCGACGUUGUCGCCGCGGACGUGGACAAGGAAAUGCGCAGGGAUGGUACCAUGUGCGUCGCAGCGCAAUGCAGUCUGGCACGGACAUUGAUCACAGAUGGUAGCGUGCCUGCUCGCAGCACUGGGUCGCACUACGAGCAUAGAGGGUCAUCGGCCGCACAUCGUGUCGCUGAGGGGGCCAUCGCACGUGGUGUCGAAGGCGAGCAUAGGGGUCACGCGCCUCCGCACACCCAUGGCGCAGACUCUGUCGUCCACGGUGUGGCGGCGAGCACCGCAUUACCGACGGUGUCGUUCUACGACGGCGUGACCAGGGACUGGAGGGCGGGCUAUGAGGGACAUGCAUCAGCAUGCGGACUGACAAAUGUGCGUGCGGGGAUGCGAUCCAUAGGCCGCGUCGAUGGUACUUCUCACGACUCCAUGAGAGCAUACGAGGAGCGACAUGGGAAGCCUUUGCGGUCCAAGACAACAAUUGUCCACGACACGAGGACGGCGACCGCGAGGUUAUCCCGGGCGAGGAAGAAGAGGACAGGUACAUCGAUCCCAUAUCACCGUCACCGUCCACCACCGACUUUUCGCGCCAGAGCUCCGACCACACAAAUUCCGGCGACUGGCGGGGCAGUGGCGGACGGGGGGACAGCCCAAUGCCGUUCAGGGCGAGUCGAGAAGAGACGAGGCAAUGUGGUGAUCUACCAUGAUGACAACUCCACAGCCGCGGAGGCUGGCGAGACCACAGGCGCCAACGAUCCAGGUCACUCCGAUUACGUGCCCCGGCGCCCGGUGGCGGAUGGAGAUGAUGGUGGAGGUUGACGGGUCAGGCAGAGGACAGGACUCGGCCUUCACGGGCAGGGGACGCCAUCGGACCCUA